ACUCAGGCGUUUGGGGCGCAAGACCUCAGUGCUACAGGACACCUGGCAGUGGAGAGCGAGCCGGGGAGCCGCCAGGAGCACAUCGGGAGACGCCACCACUCAGGUAAUGCGUCAGAGUGCCAGCAGUGCCAGGCUGUUGUGAGACACCUCAGCUCGCGAGCGACUGCACGCCUUGAAGAGUCACAGUGGACAAAUGUCAUCCCCUGGGGGUGAGCUCGGCCCGCCGGGCCUGAUGGAUGAUGAGACUUUCCACGAAACCCUGAAUGGGCCGAACUUCCAAGAGUCUUUGCUCGACGAGAAGCCCCCUAGCAUAAACGAUGAGGAUGACGACUUGGAAUAUCUCAAGGGGGCGAUGAAGAGGCACCGACCUGAUGCACAGAGUCUAGAAGAUUCCUUGCAGGAGGAGGAGGAGUCGCCCUUCAGAAAGUUGGACCCCAAAGGGUUACAGCCGGGGCACCGUGGAGCCUACGAUCUUGAGAAAAGGAGGAAGAUGGACCCCGACUCCCCAGACAGGGCGAGCUACCUGGGCAUUGAAGGUAGACGUCCUGACCUGGACAGCUCUCGGGACCGAGGAAGUCACCAGCCAUACGUGGAGCUUCACGAGCUGACGAUGGACGGCCGGAAGGAGGAGCUCUACUGGCAGGAGUCGGCCCGCUGGCUGCAGCACGAGGAGGACUUCAGCGUGCCCAGGCAGAACUGGGGCAAGCAGCACGUGUCCUACCUGACCUUCACGAGCCUGCUGGAGCUGCGCAGGUCCAUGAGCAACGGAGUCGUCCUCCUCGACGUGGCAGAGACCAGUCUCGCCGGAGUGGCCAAGGAGGUGGUGGACAGCAUGGUGAGCAGCAACCAGGUGAAGGAGGAGCAUCGCGAGGAGCUCCUGCGGACCCUGCUGCUCCGGCAUGGCUCCGGCCCGUUCGAGUCGCCAGGAGGCGAGGCCCAAGAGACGUCCACGCCCCUCGUGGAGCAGCACCGCAUCGAGAUGGAGACCCUGACCGUCACCGGAGAGGGGGACAGACAGGAGCAAGUGGACGCCACGUUGGUGCUCGUGGGACCCGUUGACUUCCUUGAGAAGCCCACCAUGGGAUUUGUGCGCCUCAAACAGCCAGCAGACAUGCACUCCGUCCUGGAGGUCAGCCACCUGGUGCGCUUCGUCUUCAUCCUGCUGGGGCCGAAGAUUCCCAACACGGAAUACCACGAGAUUGGGCGAGCCAUCGCCACCCUGAUGGCAGACCGGGAGUUCAGCUCGGCGGCCUACCUGGCAGACAGUCGUGAAGAUCUGACCAAAGCCGUGGCCGAGUUCAUGAACUGCAGCAUCGUAAUCCCACCCUGCGAGAUCGGAGACCAGGAGAUGCUGCAGUCCUUGGUGGGCUUCCAGAGGAGGCUCCUGAAGAGUCGCUACCGGCUUCCCGAGGCCAAAGUGCACAAAGGUAGGCGGUGGUCCUUCUGUUGUCCACCUCGCCCAUUCCGGAGGGCUUGCCCUUCAAGUUGCCGAUCCUCCAAAUUCUCAUCUCUUGCAGAGGAAUUUGUGGAAAAGGCCGAAGAAGAAGACCCCCUGAAGAGAACGGGCUGCCUGUUUGGUGGUCUGGCCAGAGACGUCCGGCGCCGCUACCCCCACUACCUGAGCGACAUCACAGACGCCCUCAACCCACAGGCCCUGGCCGCGGUCAUCUUCAUCUACUUCGCAGCCCUGUCGCCCGCCAUCACCUUCGGGGGGCUGCUAGGGGACAAGACGGAGAAGAUGAUGGGGGUCUCGGAGCUGCUGGUGUCCACUGCCAUCCAGGGGGUGCUCUUCAGCCUGCUGGGGGCUCAGCCUCUGCUGGUCAUCGGCUUCUCGGGCCCGCUGCUGGUGUUCGAGGAGGCCUUCUACUCGUUCUGCAAGGACAAUCAGCUCGAGUACAUCGUGGGCCGCGUCUGGAUUGGCUUCUGGCUCAUCGUCAUCGUCCUGCUGGUGGUGGCUUUCGAGGGCAGCUUCCUGGUGCGCUUCAUCUCCCGCUUUACCCAGGAGAUCUUCUCCUUCCUCAUCUCACUCAUCUUCAUCUACGAGACGUUCUCCAAGCUCAUCACGAUUUUCAUGACUCAUCCCCUUCGUGCCACCUACAAGAAUGCCACUUCGUCCGAGGUGGUGAGCGGCCCGCUGCCCAACACUGCCCUGCUGUCCCUUGUCCUUAUGGCCGGCACAUUCUUCAUCGCUUUCUUCCUCCGGAAGUUCAAGAAUAGCCGAUACCUGCCUGGCAAGAUCCGGCGGAUCAUCGGUGACUUUGGUGUCCCCAUCUCUAUCCUAAUCAUGGCCGGGGUGGACUUCUCAAUCAGAGACACCUACACUCAGAAACUCAGUGUCCCCAGCGGCUUCUCGGUUUCCAACCCCGACAACAGGACAUGGUUCAUCCACCCCAUGGGUUCCACUGGUGACUUCCCAAUCUGGAUGAUGUUUGCUUCCAUCGUGCCAGCCCUACUGGUGUUCAUCCUUAUCUUCCUCGAGUCUCAGAUCACAACGCUCAUUGUCAGCAAGCCAGAGAGGAAGAUGGUGAAGGGUUCCGGCUUCCACUUAGACCUGCUCCUGGUGGUGGGCAUGGGUGGCAUCGGUGCCUUGUUCGGCCUGCCGUGGCUGAGCGCAGCCACCGUGCGUUCUGUUACCCAUGCCAAUGCGCUGACUAUCAUGAGUAAGGGGGCCAAGCCGGAGAUUGUGAAGGUCCUGGAGCAGCGGAUCAGUGGGCUGCUGGUGGCCAUCCUCGUGGGCCUCUCCAUCUUCAUGGAGCCCAUCCUGAAGCUCAUCCCGCUGGCCGUGCUCUUUGGCAUCUUCUUGUACAUGGGGGUCACCUCACUCAAUGGCAUCCAGCUCUUCGACCGUAUUCUGCUCCUGCUGGUGCCCCACAAAUACCACCCGGAGGAGGCCUACAUUCACUGGGUGAAGACCUGGCGCAUGCACGUGUUCACCAUCAUUCAGGUCCUGUGCCUCGCCAUACUGUGGGCCGUCAAGUCCAGUCCGGCGUCCCUGGCACUGCCCUUCAUCCUCAUCCUCACCAUCCCUCUGCGCCGCUUCCUGCUCCCGUACAUCUUCAGCGACAGGGAGCUCAAAUGUCUGGACGCCGACGACGCCAAAGUCCACUUCGAUGAGAAGGAAGGCCAGGACGUGUACGACGAGAUCCAGAUGCCAGUGUGAGGCUCGCCCAGACCCCAAGUGGUGCCAGCCAGUUUGCUUUCUCGAUUCGCCGGCCGCAGGUGUGUUGUGUUCGCUCAGCUCUGCCCUUCGCUGUGACCGGACGUCAGCUGGACACGAUGGCCAGUCCGCCGCUCCUCUCGCUCUUGAUAUAGUGCCUUUCGAGAGGAGCGCCACCCCAUGCCCCUUCAAGUGCCGCCGUGCUGUGGAAUUUUGGUGUGUUUUCCAGUUUCUUCUUCAUGCCCAUUAAAUUUGGUUUAAACUUUC